UGAUCUGAUAGAUGGCCACUUCUCAUAUAUUAUUGCUCUCUUUCCUGUUUCAUAUUCUUCUUCUCUUUUCACUUCCUUUGGAGACUGCAACUUCAGACACAGCUGAGGGAAGAGCCCUUCUCAAAUGGAAGAACACCCUUUUCAAUACUGAUGCUCUUCAUUCUUGGUCCAUUGCUAAUCUUGACAACAUUUGUUGGAAUUGGACGGGUAUCACUUGCAACAAUGCUGGAGCUGUUUAUAAGAUAAAGCUGGACAAUUUCAGUCUCUCAGGUACACUUGAAAGCCUUGAUUUCAUUUCAUUUCCAAAUAUCACCCGUUUUAGCCUCCAUAAUAACAGCUUUACUGGAUCAAUUCCAUAUGCUAUUGCUAAUCUUUCCCAACUAGUUUUCUUGGACCUCAGUUGGAACGAUUUUGUAAAUUUCAUACCAACAGAGAUUGGAAGAUUAACAAAUCUCCGGUUCUUGUACUUCGGAGUAAACAAUCUUUCUGGAAGUAUUCCCUCCCAAAUAAGCUAUCUUCAACACCUUACUUUCAUCUCCUUUAAUUAUAAUUCUUUGACUGGCCAAAUUCCAGAAGCAAUAUUCUCCAAUUUGAGCAACAUUCAAACUUUUGAUUGUGGAUGGAAUAUGUUCCAUGGGCCAUUUCCAACAAGUUUAGUCAGGCUAUCCAAGCUUAAACAACUUGACCUAAGUGGAAACAAUUUCUAUGGGUCAAUACCUCCUACAAUUGGAAAUCUAAGUUCACUAACCAAUCUUUAUCUUGGCUCCAACAUGUUGCAAGGAAAUAUUCCUCAAACACUUUGCAAACUUCAAUCCCUUGAGGGUCUUUAUUUAUAUAACAAUACUUUGAGUGGUAUAAUUCCUCAAUGUUUGGAGAAUGUUACCUCACUGAGAUAUCUUUCUCUCUACUCUAACAUGUUGCAAGGGAAUAUUCCUAGAACACUUUGCAAACUUCACUUCCUUGAGGGUCUUUAUUUAUAUAACAAUACUUUGAGUGGUAUAAUUCCUCAAUGUUUGGAGAAUGUUACCUCACUGAGAUAUCUUUCUCUCUACUCUAACAUGUUGCAAGGGAAUAUUCCUAGAACACUUUGCAAACUUCACUUCCUUGAGGGUGUUUAUUUAUCUAGCAAUGCUUUGAGUGGUCAGAUUCCUCAAUGUUUGGGAAACUUAACCGCAUUGAGAUAUCUUUAUCUCUAUUCCAACAUGUUGCAAGGAAAUAUUCCUAAAGCACUUUGCAAACUUCAAUCCCUGGAGGGUGUUUAUUUUUCUAGCAAUACUUUGAGUGGUCAGAUUCCUCAAUGUUUGGGAAAUUUAACCUCACUGAGAUAUCUCUAUCUCGACUCCAACAUGUUGCAAGGAAAUAUUCCUGGAGCACUUUGCAAGUUUCAAUCACUUGAGGUUCUUUAUUUAUCAAACAAUACUUUGAGCGGUCUGAUUCCUCAAUAUUUGGGAAAUGUAACCUCACUGAGAUAUCUUUCUCUCUCCUCCAACAUUUUGCAUGGAAAUAUUCCAAAAACACUUUGCAAACUUCACUCCCUGGAGGGUGUCUAUUUAUCUAGCAAUGCUUUGAGUGGUCAGAUUCCUCAAUGUUUGGGAAAUGUAACCUCACUAAGAUAUCUUGACCUCAGCUAUAAUAAGUUGCAAAGAAAUAUUCCUAGAGAACUUUGCAAACUUCACUCCCUUGAGAGUGUUGAUUUUUAUAGCAAUGCUUUGAGUGGUCAGAUUCCUCAAUGUUUGGGAAAUUUAACCUCGUUGAGAUAUCUUGACCUCGGCUAUAAUAAGUUACAAAGAAAUAUUCCUGAAGCACUUUGCAAACUUCACUCCCUAGAGAAUCUUUUUUUAUGUACAAAUGCUUUGAGUGGUCAUAUUCCUCAAUGUUUGGGAAAUUUAACCUCACUAAGAUAUCUUUACCUCUACACCAACUUGCUAUUGCAAGGAAAUAUUCCUAAAACACUUUGCAAACUUCACUCCCUAGAGGUCCUUUCUUUAGGUGAAAGUAGUUUGAACGGUCCGAUUCCUCAAUGUUUGGGAAAUGUAACCUCACUGAGGAAACUUUAUAUUAUCAACAACAUUUUGAUGAAAGGAAGUAUUCCGAAAUCACUAUGCAAACUCCUUUCUCUUGAGGGAAUAUAUUUAGCCAAGAAUGGGUUGGAAGGUUUGAUCCCAUGGUGCUUUGGAAAUAUAUCCUCACUAAAAUUUAUUCAUCUUGGCUUCAGCCAGCUGAAGGGAAGUAUUCCAGGAUCACUAUGCAAUCUUCAACAAUCUCUUGAACUGCUCAUUCUAUCCAACAACAAUUUGGAUGGCCCAAUUCCUCAAUGCCUGGGAAAAUUGAAAUAUUUGACAACUUUAAUUGUUUCUGAAAACAAGCUUGGAGGCAUGUUAGCUCCAACUCUAGUUCCAUCAACUAGUAAUGGCACAGAUCAAACAAAAAAUUCUAGUUUGAUUUAUGGAACGGAUACAUGGUUGUGCAGUUUGAGUUCCUUGCAAUAUCUUGAUCUAUCAGAUAACAAUUUACAUGGUCCAUUGCCUCGUUGCUUAGAGAACUUCAGCAAGGAGCUUACUGUUAUUAAUUUAGCAAGAAAUCAUUUUCAGGGAUCUAUUCAAGGAGUUUGUAGAAUCGGAAACAUCUUGGAGUAUUUCAAUUUGAAUAACAAUCAAUUGGGAGGCCCACUGCCCCGAGGUUUGAGAAAUUGCAACAACCUUAAAUUUCUAGAUCUUGGAAACAACAGGUUUCAUGAUUCAUUCCCUCAUUGGUUAGAUACUCUUCUUGAUUUGCGUGUUCUUGUGUUGAGAUCUAAUCAUUUUUAUGGUGAAAUAUGCACUUCUAACACUACAUUUCCAUUUCCAAAGCUGCAUAUAUUUGAUAUCUCACACAAUGAGUUCAAUGGUCCUUUGCCAAGAUAUUAUAUGGAGAACUUUGAAGCCAUGCAGAGGGCAAAUGAUGAUGAGAGGUUGUCACUUUAUGAAGCUUCAUUAAGCCUGGUGUGGAAAGGGGUGGAGCUUCAAGUGGUGCAUUAUAAUAUCUGCACAUCCCUUGAUUUAUCCCGUAACUACUUCCAUGGUGAGAUUCCAAAAUCUUUGGGAAGGUUAGUUCUAAUUCGGUUUCUCAAUUUCUCACACAAUCAGCUCACUGGUUAUAUCCCACCAUCAUUGGGAAAUUUGACGAUUCUUGAGGCACUCGAUCUAUCAUCGAAUAAACUAGUGGGCGAGAUUCCAGGGCAACUUUCAAAAUCCUUGACAUUUCUCGCUGUACUAAAUCUUUCUUAUAAUAAUCUUUCUGGUCCUAUACCUAAUGGCCCACAGUUUGACACCUUUGAAAACAAUUCCUAUUUAGGAAACACGGCUCUGUGUGGAUUUCCACUAACUUUGAAAUGCCAAAACAGAGGUGAAGGAAAAGCACCAGAUUUGGAGGAUUCACACAAUUUUGGGAGUGGAUUUGGUUGGCAAAGUGUUGUUAUUGGAUACAGUUGUGGCAUGCCAUUUGGUAUUUUGAUAGGAUAUCUCAUAUUCAAGUAUGGAAAACCACGGUGGCUUAUAAGGUUAAUACUUGGGAAUUGAUAUGGGAGUGCAAAGAGUCAAGAGGAUAGUGAGAUAAAGCAAUGCAGCAGUCUUAGUUUGUGGUUUUCUUUGUCUGUUUUUACAGUUUUUGCUGUCUUCAAUUUCAUGCCAUAGGUGUGUGAUUGUUGUAGUGUUUGGUUUGUAAUUGUUCUCAUUUUGAAUGAAAUGCAAUAAAUUAUUAC